AAAAGAGAGCUCUCGACUAGUCUUUGAAAUACUAAGAUUAAUGAGAUUUUCCGGUAUAUUAAUUUGCCAGCCGACUAUGUGUUGUUUUUGUCGUAAAAAAUUAAACUUAUUUUUUUCUAAAAAUUAAAUUUUAAAUUAAAAAAAAUAAAAUAUUUUUUAUGAAAAGUAUGAUUUAAAAUUAUUUUGCAUUUAAAAUAUAAUUAAAUUAAAUAUAAUCUAUUAUUGUCAAUAAAAUAUAUAUAAAUGUAAUAUAUUUAUAUCAUUGAGAAAUAAGCUAAUUAUAUAUCAUAUACUUAUUUUAUAUGAUAAUUUUAUAUACAAAUUAUUUACUACUUUACUAAUCAUUGUAUUAGUUGUGUUUAUGAGUAUAAUGCUUUUGUAGCAUACUGUUUUUGUAAUAUAUUGCUACUGCUUUGCCAUCAACUCUAUCAGAGGCUUAAGUAAUAGAUUAAUGGCAGAAGACAGUGCAUACAAAUUCAAGAUAUCUAAUUUUUAAAAUACAUACAAGAAAAAUAGAAGGGUUGAAUAAACUAAUGUUAAAACAGUGAAAAAGAGGUUUGCUUGAAAAAAGAAAAGAGAAAGAGAAUGAAUUUCAUAGAUAAUGGGUAUGAUUAGUUGAGCUGUAAUUUUAGAAUUUUACGGUAAAAUUUAAUGUGUAGGAAUUUUUUAUUUAGUUUUAAGCCAAGUUCGGAACUAUGCUAUGCGCUAGUCGGACGGUGAUCCCUUACCGAGCGAAUUAUCAAAAAUCAGAGAUUAAGCAGAAUAUACGUAGAGCCUAGUUUUUAUAUUUUUUAAUUAUAUAUAUAAUACAUGUGAAAACUAAACAUAGAAACAAGAUAUCCGACCCGGACAUAACAAAUUAUCAACAAAUCAGACAAAAAAUAGGGGAGUAUUUGAAGAUUUUCUUAGAAUUAUUAUUGAUGUUGUUAUAUAAUAAAUAGUCCAUGUAAACAACGAAACUCUGUUGUCCAGCGGCUAAUGUGCCCAGUUAAAGUCACAGAACGAUGGUCCUAUUCAUCAUACAAUUAUCAGUUUCCAACUUUUGUGACCGAAUAACAUAGAUUCGCCACGGCCAAGGUUCGUAGAACGCUUGCUUGCUGCGUUUUAGAACAGGGAUGGAAUGUACAUUUAAUAUUUAUUGUUACAAGAAUAAGAUUGAUACAUCAAAAAGAGGAGAUUUUAGAAUAAAAAAAAUUUACAGCUAUUUUUUUUUUUGGCUGUAGCUUUAAAAUCCAAUAUAAAACAUGAUUGAUGAUUUAAAAACAGUAGACAAAAUUAAAGCUAAAAUCAGCUCCUGCAGUCUACCCAAUCAUCCUUGAUGUAUCCAAAAUUCUAUAUUAAAAAAUGUAUUUUGUUUAAAACAAAAUUGGUAAAUAUAUUGGCUAUUUAUAUGAAUUGUAAUCCCCUAAUAUAUUAAAAGAUAAACAUUUGUAAUAAAUGUGUUCACACUAAUUGAUACGUAGAAGUCUCACAGUCAUUUAAAAAUUUAUUUGUUCAUAUACUAAUUUUCUUAACUCCAGCGCAUACAAUUUAAUGUGUUCAUACACUAAUUUUUUAAUCAACUCAUUUUUAGUUUCAGCAUUUUUAACUUUUGUAUUAGUAAAUUGAAGUUAUCUCCGUGCAACUACUAAAUAAUAUCAUUGUUGAAAAAAAAAGUUACAAACUCAUUAAGAUUCGCAUCAACUAAAAUGUUGUAAUGAGAAUGUUUUUAGAAAUUGAAAGUUUCGUACCUUGCGAAACUUGACCAUGGUUGAAGCUUCGGUACACGAAAGCAACAAAUAAUUGUAAAAGAAUAUAAAUUAAAGAAAUUGAGGUGAAAAACACCACACACAAAGUGUGAUCUCUAAUUUAGCCAAGUAAUGCUUUUUACUGAGUUUUCAUAUCAAACUAAGAAUUAAAAAAUAAUCAUAUUGGUAGGAAACAAAUUAUAAAUCAGAAAAUCUUUAAAAGAAAAUAAGAUCAUUUGCAAAAUCAAUUGUAAAACAGAAUUCAAGUGCCGAUUGAAGAGAUCAUAUUAUUUUCGACGCAACCCUAACACCUUCUAUUCGAUUAUAUCUUGUUUUUAAUAUAUUUACCCAGAAUUGUUUUAUAAAAAAAUACACGCUAUUGGUUGUAGAGUACGCCAAUUUUACAACAUGCCUAACAAUAUUGACACGACGGACGCCCAACAAUAUCAUAUAUUCAAAACUAUGAAAAUAUCUAAAAAUUAUGUAAGUAGUCACAAAUAAAUAUCUAAAAAUUACAAAAAGAAUGUUCAAAAUACUUAUAAUAUCUAUUUUUCUCCAUCCAAAUAUUUAAAUUGAACUAAUUUUAAGUAAAUUUAAGAAUUUAUUGUUACAUUAUUUAAAUAUUUAGGUUUUAUAUUAUUUUUAUUUUUCAGAUUUUGAGGAAAUGAAUCCGAACAGAUUUAUUUCUUCCCUAGAAAAAGCUAUACAACAAGUCCCUUAGUACAAUGUAAAACAAAAAAUUUAAUUAACUAUUUCACUCUACACAUGACACAGAUCCUUGUAAUCUAAUAUUUCUUAAAAAUAAUAUAUGUUUAUAGUCCAAGUAUAGUUAUAAAUAUAUGGUAGCAACUAUUUGAUUGACUUAGCAUAUAAGUAUAUGUUUAUUAUCAUGAAUUGCAGCAGCAAAUUUGUCUCUUUCCUUUGAACUUUUUUUUAAUUAAUAUUUUUUUUAAUUCAAUGCCAAGUGUCAACUUAACUCCAAAAGAAUCUUGUCAGAAUGGAGUCAAAAUUACGUGUAAUAGUCAAAACAUUAAAUAAAACUGUAGCAAAACCAACUCAGAAAAUAUUCACUUUCAAUUUAUUUGUAACCGCUACUUAAAACUACCACAAAGCAUCAAAUCUAUGGUUAGAUAAGAUAACUAAAUAUUUACAUUCAUUGGCUCAAAAUAAUCUUUUUACAUAAAUGCCACUUUCAUACGUGUGUAAAACGAGUAGGAUGACCUUAUAUCUACCAAUCAAUUUCACAUUCUUCUCCAUCACAAACUAGUCAUGUCACCUCCAACACUAGACCAACUACACACCUACCAUGCCCAAGAAAGGGUGAUAUUCUCUAAACUGGUCCUACAAUUUUCAAGUUCACCAUCUGAAUCACUCCUUGUCAUGGCUACAUGGUUUUGGCUUGAAAACUUUGGUUUUGAAGACAUUUUUGCAACCAUCUUUGCUCUUCCAGAUCGACUCAUUGCAUCUCUUGCUAACGAAGCUGUCUCCUGCUUCCGAUGCAUCGAGUCCUCUGAUCCCCCAAAUGGCUUCGACCAAAUCCCUCUCACUUCACGAUAUUUGCAAAAACAGAUCUCACUUUCCAUGAUUUACAAAUAUCGAUACACCGCCAUUGCUGGUAUCAAAACCUUUCUAAACACCAUUUGUUCUAGAAUCUUUUCAGACAUCCUUGCACAAGUUCUUCCAUAUUCUUCACCACCAUAUUUCGUCCCCGGAUUCCACCCAUCUCUGAUCAUACCUGGCUUCCCGCAUCCGACUUUCGGAAACAUCAAUGUCAUGCGACCUGAUCUAGGUUCUGGGGUUAACACCUUCAACAACAACAACUCGUUCCUAUUCCCAAAGGGUCUUUGGGAGUGGAACGAUCACUCCAUGGAAAGUGAGAACGAUCGAACCAUGUUUAUAACGUUUUCUCGUGGCUUUCCUGUGUCGCAGGCCGAAGUUAAGGAGCUUUUCACCAACAUAUUUGGAGAAAAGUGUGUGGUAGGCGUUUACAUGCGAGAAGACUGCGUAAGUUCACCUAAUAUAUUUGCGUGUAACAAUGAUCAGCAACAAUCACUAUUUGCUAAGUUGGUUUUGGACUCGGUGGUUACGGUGGAUCGUAUAUUAGAAGGUGAGAAGCUCCAAAAAUUUCGGAUCAAUGGUAAACACAUUUGGGCUCGCAAAUACAACGAUAAGAAGGACGGACGUACUUGCUUCACCUAAAAGUUGAAAGAAAAUCUAAUUUUUUUUUGUUCAUCUUUAUCUUAAUGUUAUAAUUUAAUAAUAAGAAAACAUAUGUAAUGCCUGACGCCUAGCUCUUUAAUUUUGUACUUUCUCAUUAUGAAUGAAAUAUGUGUUCACAUAAUUUAGCAAUGUCACUGCAAAUUUACUUUAAAACAAAUGUAACACAAAACUAUAUUGUGCAUGAACACAUCCUCUUUUUUAUCAAGCUUAUGCUGAUUCACUUUUGAUUAGGCGAUUAGUCAGAAUUUUAUCUAGAUCUAUUGACUUGAAGGAAAUAAUUUCCCAAGAACCAUAUUGUAAGUACACUAUCAAAUUACUUUUCAAGUUAAUUUUCUUCCAAGCUUAUUAAAAUAUAAAAUUGUAUAUUUCAUAUAAUAUUUUUGUUUUGCUUUAGUAUUUACGUGAAUACAAUUAAACUACAUAAUAAAAUGUCACAAAACUAACUAAAAUAUAUGAUAAAAUAUUAACUUCAACAUCAAUUGGCAGAUAUUUACUAAAUUCAAAUUUCUUACUCAUAUUUUAUGCAUGCAGUAGUUUUUAUCCUUUUAAAAUACAGAUAUUACAAUAUAAAAUAAAUGACACAUCAUAAUAUUAUUGGUAAAAGUUGAAAAAUUAUCGGUUGUAACUGGUAAAUAAAUAUUUGAACUAGUAGAAUAAAAAUAAAUGUAUUAACAGGAAUGGAGUAUAAAAAAUGGAAUCGAUUAAUUCCAUUUAUUCAUGAACAAAUUUGUUAUGGACUAAUUUUCUUUGUAUAUCUAUUUAUUUAUGGAAUUGACGAAAUGACUAUUUUAUUUUAUUCAUAGUAAACGAUAAAAGUGGAAUUAAUAGAAUCGAUCAUUUCAGAUCAUUUUAAUUUAAAAAAUACAAUAUUUGAACUAGUUGAAUAAAAUAAAUGAAUUAACAGAAAUAUAAUAUAAAAAUAGAAUCGAUCCAUUCCAUUUAUUCAUGAACACAUUUUUUAUGUACUAAUUUUCUUUAUAUUUAUCUAUUUAUUUAUGGAAUUGACGAAAUGAAUAUUCUAUUUUAUUCAUGGUAAAUGAUAGAAGAAUUUGUGGAAUUAAUAGAAUUAAUUAUUUCUUAUCAUUUUAAUUAAAAAAUACAAAUACUUGAACCAGUGGAAUAAAAUAAAUGGAUUAACAGAAAUGAAUUAUAAAAAUGGAAUCGAACCAUUCCAUUUAUUCUUGAACAAAUUUGUUAUGUAAUAGUAUUAUUUGUAUAUUUAUUUAUUUUCGGAAUUGAUGAAAUGGCUAUUUAUUUCAUUUAGGGUAAACAACAGAAAAAACUGUGAAAUUAAUAAAAUCAAGCAUUCCAUAUCUCUUUAAUUAAAAAUAAAAAAUUUAGUUGCAGCCAUCAUCUUCCGCCAUUUGGUUUAGUAGUAGUAAUAGAAGUAAAAUUAAUAUCGACUGUGCGCAACACAAUCCACGAAUACAGAAUACAAAGAGACAAAAGUUUAACGUUAUUGUCAGAGCAAAAAAAAACAAGUUUCUCUAGAAAUAACAAUUUAAGGUUUAAAAGUUAACAAUUUUAAAAUCAUUUGCGUCUGUAGGGAUUACAAAUUUGUUAUGCAAUAAUUUUCUUUGUAUUUAUCUAUUUAUUUAUGGAAUUGACGAAAUGACUAAUAUAAGUGGUAAACUAUAAAAGUGGAAUUAAUAGAAUCAAUCAUUUUAUAUCAUUUUAAUUUAAAAUGAAAUCGAUUCAUUCCAUCUAUUCAUGAACAAAUUUGUUAUGUAAUAGUUUUCUUUGUAUUUAUUUAUUUAUGGAAUUGACGAAAUGAAUAUUCUAUUUCAUUCAGGGUAAACGAUAGGAAAAUUUGUGAAACUAAUAGAAUCAACCAUUUCAUAUUUUUUAAUUUCAAAUGCAAAUAUUUGAACUAGUGGAAUAAAAUAAAUGUAUUAACAAAAAUGGAAUAUAAAAAUGGAAUCGAUCCAUUCCAUUUACUCAUGAACAAAUUUGUUAUGUAGUAGUUUUUUUUGUAUUUAUCUAUUUAUUUACGGAAUCGAUGAAAUGACUAUUUUUGUAAUCACUUUUUAUUUCAUGCAUGGUAAAUAAUAAUAAAAAAUCGUGAAAUUAAUUGAAUCACUCCAUAUCACUUUAAUU